CUCGGGGCGGGCGGAGGCCUGCAUUAGCCUCACCGAAGCACCCGCGCGUACCACAACCGCGACCGCAACCCGCAUGCGGCGCACUCUCCUCGGGCCUCGGACCACGGACGAGCCGCCGACGCCGUCGCCCUCCGCUGGGACCGCUUCCAGAGCUUUUGAGAGCCGACAUGUCGAGCGCUUUUCUAUCCGAAGGGGAGCGACUUUAGGCGGCUUGCGUGCUUUCCUGCUCCCGCCGCCCUCGCUGCUGGAUACUUUGAAUUAAUUUCACUCGCUGGGAAGCACAAAGAAAAGAAAGGAGACACACAAAACAGGGAGCGAAGCACCCCCACCCCCAACCCCCCCACCCCUCGCGGCCUUCGCCGGCGUCCCCGCCGUCAAGCUGCAGCAUCCCCGGGGCCGAGCAGCAGCAGCGGCGGCGGCAGCGGCGGCGGCGGCGGCGGCGGCGGGCCUGCAGUGGGCCGAGCUGGGCGGCGCCGCGGUGAGCGCCGGCUGUAGCAUGAUGUCCUACCUCAAGCAGCCCCCCUACGCCGUCAACGGCCUGCACGGCCUCAGCGGGGCCGCCAUGGACCUGCUGCACCCCUCCGUCGGAUACCCGGCGACGCCGAGGAAGCAGCGUCGCGAGCGGACGACGUUCACCCGAUCCCAGCUGGACGUCCUGGAGGCUCUGUUCGCCAAGACUCGCUACCCGGACAUCUUCAUGCGAGAGGAGGUCGCUCUCAAGAUCAACCUGCCCGAGUCCCGCGUCCAGGUGUGGUUCAAGAACCGCCGGGCCAAAUGUCGUCAGCAGCAGCAGAGCGGCGGGGGCGCCAAGGCGCGGCCCCCCAAGAAGAAGUCGUCCCCGGCCCGCGAGAGCACGGGUUCGGAGAGCAGCGGCCAGUUCACGCCGCCCGCCGUCUCCAGCGCGGGGUCGUCGUCGUCCUCGUCCGCGGCGGCGCUGAGCAGCAGCACGGCGCCGUCUAUCAGCACCGUGUCGUCCAUCUGGAGCCCCGCGAUCUCCCCGGGUAACGCCCCCACCCCGGCCGCCGCCCCCUCGGCCGCCCCGCUCCCCGAGCCCGGCCCGCCCUCCAACGCCUCCUGCAUGCAGCGCUCCAUGUCGGGGUCGGCCGCCGCCGCCUCGUACCCGAUCUCCUACAACCAGACGGCGGGCUACGGGCAGAGCUACCCGGCCCCCUCCGGCUCCUACUUCGGGGGCGUGGACUGCGGCUCCUACCUGGCCCCCAUGCACUCCCACCACCACCAGCUCAGCCCCAUGGCCGCCUCGUCCAUGCCGACGCACCCGCACCACCACAUCGGCCAGUCCUCGGGACACCCGCACCACCACCACCCCCACCACCACCACCACCCGCACCAGGCCUACGGCGGCUCCGGACUGGCCUUCAACUCGUCCGACUGCCUGGAUUACAAAGAGCAGACGGCCGCCUCGUCCUGGAAACUCAACUUCAACGCCUCUGACUGCUUGGACUAUAAAGACCAGACCUCCUGGAGGUUCCAAGUCUUGUGAUCGCUGACUUUUUUUUUUUUUUUUUUUCCCCCACCCCCGAUGAAAGUGGCUGGAUCGCCUGGGAGCCGGGAUCUUGAGGGAGCCGGAACGCGCUAGCUCUUAAAAUUCCGUGUUGGGCGCACGUUCCGGUAUGUUCUCAGCCGGUCCGUUUGCAAGGCACGCCGACGCCCAAGGGUGGAAUUCUAGGAACCGGAAUGUUUUGGCUCCUGAACGCUCCGGGUCCUGAACGUUCGUCAGUCCUGAACAUUUGUGAUCUGGAGCGUCCGAAAGCUGAACGUUCUCGAGGCGAAAAUGCUCGGAAAGUGGAACAGUCCGCCCCCCAAAAUUUUGUUUUGGAGUUUGUUGCACUCUGGACCCAGAAUUCUCAUGAGCUUGAAUACUUCCGCUCCUGAUUGGGCCGGCUUCUAAAAAUUCACGAGCCAGAACCCUCGACUCGAGUAUUCCGGGUGCGGAGUGGAACCGCGCUCUCGAAAUUCUGUGCUCGGUUUCCUAGACGCUUGCAGCUCUGAGAGUUCGAGGUCACCAAUUGUUCAGGUGCCAGAACACUGCGAACCCGCUCCGGAGCCCAAAUCCCUGGAACCGCGGUGUUCCGGCUCCUCAACGUUCCCGACCUGGAACUCUCAGAGCCGGGGCGUCCCGGAGCAGGCACGCAGAACUGGAGCCAGAACCUUCCAGAGUCGGGACUCGCAGAAGGAAAAAAAAUGACGAGAGAACAAAACAUAACCAGGACAGCUGUGGAAUAUCAAUCAAAACUCCCCUCGUCACACAGUUUUUUUUUUUUUUUUUUUAAUUUUUUUCAUUUGUGUUCUUUUUAGAGGAGAUUUUUAGUCAGCGCAUGAGCUGAAAGUGUGUAAAUAUGUAUUUGGGUCAGUUCCAGUGACCGCCUUUAGAUGGUGUUUUUUUUUUCUUUACUACACACGUCGGGGAGAGAAGAAAAAAAAAUGUAAAUGUUUCCAGAGGGAUGAAAUUGGGCCCCUUGAAGUUUUAUUUGACAAUGUUUUCGUUUUAGCAGAAAUCGAACGUGAAGAAGAAUUUCGACAAGAAGCUGAAAGGAUUUUUGCUCACUUCAUCUUCCUCGAAUUUCUUUGGCUUUGUGUUGAUUGUUCGCGCGCAUCACACGCCGGCGACGACGACAAAUAUUUGGAUUGGAGCGCAAAGAGCGGCCACGCCCCCAAAAAUGACUUCUGCUCAGAUCGUGUUGAAUGUAUCUGCCCCCCCCUCCCCCCCCACUUCCACGUUCAUCCAAUAAAGAUCCCUUCAGUCAUGUUUAUUUCUUCUCAACGUGACUCUGUUCAUUUCAUAUUUUGCAAAAAAGACUUUAUUUUUUGUAAUUUGAAUCUCAUUCUCGUCGCUCACUUGCAAACAGCUGAUUGAAACGUGGCGGAAGUUGGACGCGUUCUUGCCAAAAACGUGUCGUGACUCGGCAGUUCGGUCCCGUUGAAAACCGCCCAAGGGGGGGAAUUGAACUCGUGAAAUUAUUGUGGAAGAACGACGACCACCGAUGUGCCAACAGAAUAAAACAAGAAUAUUCUUCAUUUUUUACAAUCAUUAAAAAAAAUAACGCGCUACUUGUUCAGUGAGACUUUUCAACAGAAUACAAUAAAACAGAUUAGCUUGAUUUUUCAGGGAAUAACUUCUGUGAAUCAUUUCAACUUUGCGGCAGCACGGUGGCUCAGCUGGUAAAGCGUCAACCUCACAGUUCUGAGGUCCCGGGUUCGAGCCCGGCCCCACCUGUGUUUGCGUGUUCUCCCCGUACCUGCGUUGGGCUUCCCAAAAACAUGCAACAUUAAUUGGACACUCUAAAUUGCCCCUCGGUGUGAUUGGGAGGCUCCAGCGCUCCCCGCGGACCCUUGUGAGGAUAAGUGGCUAAGAAAAUGGAUUGAUUUCUGUUUUUUUUUUCCAUUUCCAUUUUUUUUUCCAAGUGUUCAACAGAGUUGAAAAGUGCACUAAACCUAAGAGUUAUUAACUCAUUUCAUGUUCAGUGAACAGCAAAUAUCUCAAGCGUAGUUCUCGUCACGUGACGAUUCAACAAGUGAGAAAAGUGCAGUUGGUGGCCUUUAGUCACAAAUUGUGAGCUCCUCUCACCGGGAAGAAAAAAAAAAACAAUCCAAACCACACAAAUAAUUGAUUGCAAAGCUUUAAAUUGCUUAAUAUCAGAAGCUGAACGAACGCAAAAAACAAAUCCAGAAUUCUUGCGGGCGAAUUGAACGGUUGACACGGCUGACGUGGCGACUGAACUGGAACACAUUUUUAAAAAAGUGGAAUCCAAGCAAAUUAAAGUUGAGUUUCAUGGUGUCAAAUACUUUUUUUUUUUUGCUUCUUUAUAAGGAGCAGUUUUAAUUACGCCUACAAAUUUUUCUUUUUUUAAACUUGAAGUAAAACAUUUCAUUUUAUGUUUAUUUAUUAUAUAUACAUAUAAAAUUUAUUUUUUAUUUAAAAAGUCAUUUUAUUCCAAGUAUUUGUCUAAAAAAAUAUAUUAAAUAAAAUAUAACCUUGUAUUUAGUCAACAUUUCACCCUGCAGUUUAUUUACAAUUUCAUUUCAUAUUAUUUAGUCAUGGUUAAAUAAUAAAAUCUCCCUUGACAAAACUAGUACUGCACUUUUUAUUAAUUGACUAGUUUAACUGCAUUAUUGUGAGAGUCGUUUCUAAUAUUUUGAGGUACCCGAAAGCGUUGCCACCGCGGUGACCACAUUUAUUAUAAAUCAUAACAUGGUUUAAAAAAAAAAAAAAAAAUAAAGCAUAAACAGAAAAUCUGUGUUCGGGGAAACACCAGCACUGCUUACACUCCACACACAAGAUUUAUUUACACGAGACUGGUUUGUCCUUUUCACCUUUCGUCUGCCCUUUUAUUGAGUUGGUUCAAGUUUUCCGUCCUGUACGGAGAAGCCACGUCGACGCAAUAAAACGGGAAAUGCUACAGCACAAAUUGCACAUAUUUCAAAAUAAAACUGGGUUUGUGGAAUGUCACAGGAAGUUAUUUUUCCCCUUUGAUACACUCAAUAGAAGUGCCCCACCCCCACAGCCGAAAGCAAACAUAACGGUACAACCCGUCUGCUCGAGAACCAGGAAGUAGCAUGAUAGCAGCUGGGCCUUGGAAGAGGUCUGAAGUCCGCCAAGUGACUUCUUGAGUCAUUAGAUUCGGUCACUAACGAACCAUCUAACGACGCCCUCGAGCUUUUCGGUCCUGCUGUCGAUUCACAAACACGAAAACAAAAAGUAGAGCGCGGAAAUGGCGGCGUAUCGACAACGGCGUCACGAUACCGUUACGUGACGAUCCAAAAACUGAGAAGAUCGGCUGUUUUUAUCAUUUAGCGGUCUGGUGAAAAAGCGACCCGUCCAGCGGAAGAGUUGAAAACUGAUUCACGCGAAGUACACAAAAUCAAAAUAGGACAGUAUCGAUAGCGGAUUUUGCUGUAUCAAUACUUUAGUGUACACAAACUAUGCUACUUAACGAUCUCUUAAUUCGGAUUCACUUGAAGUGUUUGAUGAAAAAUGAUUCCAGUACAGUAAAACCUUGGUUCUCGACCACAAUCCGUUCCAGAAGGUGGUCCGAGAAGCGAUUUGUUUGAAAACUGAAUCGAUAUUUCUCACCGGGACACGUCUGCAUACAGAGGCUGCGUUAUACACAAUAACAAUGCGUGUCGUGGGUCAGCUGAUCAGACUGGCGCGUUAUGUUAUUUCCGGGUUUUGUAUUCGCUGUAUUUCAUAAAAGCAGCCGUAUCGUAGUAUCGUUAACCAAUUUUGUCAUGUCGCUAACGCGGUGCGUAAGAAAUGAUACGACAUCACAAAAUCAACAUGUUGAAAGAAAAAUAGGCCACAAUAGGCGUAUGAUGAUACGCAGGUUAAUAAUUUGUGAUUUUUUUGCUGUAUGGAUUCUGUAGCGUGCCAGGGAUAACCAUACCGUUCAUAGUGAUAUUGGUACAGUAUACGGAAAAGCUGCAGAAAUGAUCUAGGUCCUAUUUAUCUACAUAAGGCAAUUGAACGAUUCUCAUUUUCAAGCAAAGCAGAAUAAUGAAAAAAAAAAAGAAUACAUUGACAACAAACUGUACAGUGUACGUCGUUACAUUAUCGCAGAUGGUGAAUAAAAGAAUUGACAUUUUUUUGUUGAAUUUGUUGCACUUUUUCUCGUCGUUUUCUCCCGUUUAAAAACGCUUUGGGUGAUGAUGUCAUUAGACUAACGAGAUGUUGCGUCAUCGUUUCAGUGACAAAAGUACUUUUCUAUUUAGCAUCUGAGUGAAAGUGACGAGAGUUGACCACGAGCAUGUUGCUAGCUUUGUUAGCUUAGCUGGCUAACGCUAAUCACAGCAUAGCAUUACGUUACAGAACAUACCUUGGACCAAACAAAGCUGAAUAUUCACGUAUUCAAAUGACUUUCUCCAAAAUUCCGCAUUAACGAGAACGCAACCACCUCACUGGUCGGUAUUUCCCUGUUAAAAGCGCAAACUACAGCUCAAACGUUGCAAAAAUAGAGCCAAAGCGUCGCAAAAAUCGUACGUUUCAUGCAUGAACUGACCUAAUGAAGUACAUAAUGACGCGGCGCUCACACACAGACGACCGAGCGGCCCCUUGGGCGGAGGGGCCUUCAUUAGCGCCGAUAAAUCCCGGGAUGCCGCAAAGUGCUGCGGGCCGCCUUCAUUAGGAAACAUUAACAAGGCCACCGGUGUGUUAAUAGCCCUGAUAGCGCAUGUCAAACGUGUUAGUUAGCUGUUAGCCAGAAGCGAGCGCCAUUACCAUUGCAAUGGAGCUUUUUUUUUUUUUCAUCCUUCUAUCCAUUUUCUUCGCCGCUUAUCCUCACGAGGGUCGCGGGGAGUGCCGGAGCCUCUCCUAGCUGUCAUCGGGCAGGAAGCGGAGUGCGGCCUGCCAAUCGCAGGCCACAUAGAGACAAACUGUCGCACUCACAAUCACACCUUGGGGCAAUUGAGAGUGUCCAAUUAAUGUCGCAUGUUUUUGGGAUGUGGGAGGAAACCGGAGUGCCCACCCGGAGAAAACCCACGCAGGCAUAUGGAGAACAUGCAAACUCAACACAGGCGGGGCCGGGAUCGAACCUAGGUCUUCAGAAGUGUGAGGCUAACGCUUUACAGCUGCCCCACUGUGCCGUCAUGUUUUUUGUUUAUGUUUGGUAACCCCGGCGACGUCACAAUAGCAGCAAUGUGCAGGGUCCUCCUCCCACCACCCGCAUAUUUGUAAAGUCGUCCGUUACCUGUCGUGUGUUAGCACUAAGCUAAAAACUAAAUGAAGCUAGCGGACCUUUAGAAGACAACGAAGUAGUUUGCUUUGCUGCUACUUGUUGCGAAGCUCACUGCCACCGGAGCUAGCGCCCAAGGAACUGACAUUUUUGGUCGCGACGCAAGAUGAUAACGACAACGAUGAUGGGAAAUCGGGAAAAUAAAGUCAUUGAG